AUGCCGCCUCCUCCCCAUACCCGGCCUGAGAAUGUGCUCAGACGAGCACAAGAACUCAUUGCCGUUGGGCAAUCCCAGGCUGCCCUCAAUGUUCUCCACGAACAUGUCACUUCGAAGCGCUCGAGAAAUAGUGCCAUCUCCGCCUUGGAGCCGGUUAUGCUCCUUUUCGUCGAGCUUUCCGUCGAUCUACGAAAGGGCAAGGCCGCAAAGGAUGGGCUGUAUCAAUACAAGAACAUCGCACAAAACACGAAUGUGGGAACCAUUGAGCUGGUCCUGAAAAGAUUCAUCGAACUUGCCGAACAAAAGGUCCAGGAGGCCCAGGCUAAAGCCGACGAGGUCCAAUCCUCGCUCGAAAAUGCCGCAUCUUCCACAGACCUCAAUGUCGAGGAUCUGGAAGCUACAGAGACCCCUGAAACAAUCCUCCUUGCCACUGUGUCGGGCGAACAAUCUAAAGACCGAACCGAUCGAGCAAUCGUGACACCAUGGCUCAAGUUUUUGUGGGAGACUUAUCGCACCGUUCUCGAAAUCUUGAAGAACAAUGCUCGCCUCGAGGUCAUGUACCAGAGCACCGCUCAUCAGGCUUUCGAUUUCUGCCUGAAGUACACCCGCAAGACCGAGUUCCGUCGCCUCUGCGAACUUCUCCGAAACCAUGUCCAAAACGCUGCCAAAUACUCUUCCCAGAUGCAUGCCAUCAACCUCAAUGAGCCUGAUACCUUGCAGCGCCAUUUGGAGACCCGCUUUCGCCAAUUGAACGUCGCAGACGAGCUUGAGCUCUGGCAAGAGGCGUUCCGAAGUGUCGAAGACAUCCACAUGCUUCUCACCCUGUCAAAGCGACCUGCAAAGAAUGUCAUGAUGGCCAACUACUACGAAAAGCUGACCAAGAUCUUCCUGGUCAGUGACAACUUCCUGUUCCAUGCCGCUGCGUACAACAAGUACUACAACCUCCUUCGCCAAUCUGCCUCAGCUGUUGCUGCCGGCCAGACCUCGAAACGUGACAAUCCGGCCGUGACAGAGGAGACUUUGACCAAAGCUGCCUCCUUUGUCUUACUUUCUGCCCUGGCAAUCCCUGUCAUCAGCACAUCCCGCUCACGCGGCGCUCUGGUGGACGUUGACGAAGCACGGAAGAAUAAGAAUAACCGUCUUACCAACCUGCUGAGCAUGCCAUCUGCGCCUACAAGAGCCGGCCUCUUCAAGGACAUACUCAACAAAGGCUUGCUGAAGAGAGUGCGCCCGGAAAUCCGAGACCUCUACAACAUUCUCGAAGUCGACUUCCACCCCCUCUCAAUCUGCAAGAAGAUCUCCCCUAUUCUGGCCCAAGUGGGAGCGGAUCCUGAGAUGGAGAAGUAUGUACUGCCUCUGCAGCAGGUCAUUCUCACUCGUCUCUUCCAGCAACUCUCCCAGGUCUACGAGUCCGUUGAGCUCAGCUUUGUCAACCGACUUGCCCAGUUCCCUGCGCCAUUUGAGGUAACUCCAGCCAUGAUCGAGAAGUUCAUCAUGAACGGAUGUAAGAAGGGUGAUCUGUCGAUCCGUCUUGACCACGUUUCGGGCAUUCUUGCCUUCGACUCGGACGUCUUUUCCUCGGCAAAAGCUCUUCAUCCCGGCAGUGCAGCUGGCUCAGCAGAGAGCGAGACUCGUUCGGUGCAGCGUUUACAGAACACCCCGGCAGAGAUCGCACGAUCACAGCUUACUCGCCUGGCCAAGACACUUCACAUCACUUGCAUGUAUGUUGACCCGUCUUACAACCAGGCCCGUCUUGCCGCCAGAGAGUCUGCGCUGGCACGAGCCGAAGCUGGCGCGCAGCAAGAACACGAAGCGACUCUGGAGAGACGGGUGGUUAUUGAGAAGCAGAAGGAGGCCUUCUCUGAAGCUCUUUCCAAGAAACAACGAGAAGAAGAGACUCGUCGUCGUAUUCGUGCACAACAGCAGGCAGAAAUAGAGUCCCAGCGUCUCCGGGAAGAAACCCGAGCCCGCGAGCUGAAGCGCGUCAAGGACGAACAGGCUCGUAUCCGGCGCCAGGAAAUCGAGAAACAACUGGAAGAGCUCAAGGGUGGCAUGAAGCUUGAUCUUGAGGAUCUCAACAUCGACGAACUUGACUCAAAUGCCAUCCGGAUGAUGAAGCUGACACAGCUCGAGAAAGAAAAGCAUGAAAAAGACCAUCGGGUUCACAUCACCGCAAAACGGAUUGACCAUCUUGAGCGCGCUUUCCGCCGCGAAGAAUUGAAAUAUCGGGAUGCGGAUUAUGAGAAACAGCGCGAAGAGGAUCUGAAGCUCUACGAACAGAUGAAGGAAGACAAACUCAGAGAAGCCAAGGAGAAGCACAAGGAAGGACUGGCCUUGAAGCAUCGUCUCGCCAGACUCGUCAAGUCCUACGAUUCUUUCAAGGGCCAGAUCACUGAACGUCGCGCGGCCGAGUUUGAGAGACUUCGCAAGCGUGCCGAACGAGAGUUUGAGGAGGAGAAGAGAAAACGCAUCAAGGCAUAUCAUGAAGAGAAGAUCCGACAGCGAGAGGCAGAAGAAGCCGAGGAGCGCCGGAUCCGCGAGGAAGAGGAGCGCAGAGAGCGUGAAGAAGAGGAACGAGCCCAGGCCGAGGAGGAGAAAAAGAGAAUCGCAGCUGAGCGGAGGGCCAAAGCCGAGGCUGACCGUCUGGAGCGCGAGGAAGUUGCUCGGAAACAGAUGCAACGAGAGGAAGAAGCCAUUGCUCGAAGAGCUGCUCGCAAAGGGGCCGCUGCCGAACCAACUCCAUUCUCCCAACCAAGAGAAGCUGUUCCUAUGGACACUCGAACCGCGUCUUCAGAAGGCCGCACUGCUCCUCGCCUCAAUUUGGCCGGCAAAGGAGGUGGCUGGCGAGAACGACAAGCAGCAAAGGAAGCCGCCGGGCCAACUGGUCGCACCACUCCUGAACCCCACGCUGCUCCUGCUCCUGCUUCUGCUCCUGCUCCUGCGGCAGCUGUUCAGGAGCCUGCUCAGGCUCAACCUCGCCGUCCUGGAGGCUAUGUCCCUCCUCAUCUACGCGAAGGCGCAGCACCUCGUGCAGAGCCUCCUCGUGACCUUCCACUGCGCAACUCAUCGGCCUCCCCCGCUAAUGGCGCAAGUGGUGGACGGUUUGUGCCUGCACACAUGAGAGAAGGAGGCCGCAGCUUGUCACGCGAAGGCGCCGGCUCACCGGCAACGGGAAGCGGCGACGAAGCACCGAGGAAGCCCGCUCCUGCAGCAGGUGGUCGCUACGUGCCCCCUAGCAUGCGCAACCGUCAACAGUAG